CCAUUACAAAGAGUUGACAAAAAGAAUUAAAGAAAAUGGCACAGGCGCCAGACAAUCGUGUAAAUUUAUUUCGUUUACAAAUCAUAAUUAUCGAUGGAGGCCUUCUUAUUCUGAGAGAUUUCAUUGACCAGACAUUGACUACUCAAGGCAAAACUCUUAGUGCAUGUUUGAAUCAAGAAAAGACAACGAUAACACGUUUAAAAAGCCGUGGUACUAUUACACAGGUACAAUAUGAUAUAUUGUUUCCAACGGGUGGUAAAGUCCCAACUACGUCAGAGAUGGAUUUCACUCUUAUAAUGUGUCUUCUAAGAUGCUUGAAGUGUUUUGGAUUGAAUAAAAAAUUCGACUGGAACGCAAUGCCCGUAUCAACCGAUAACACAGUUGAGGCAGACCUAUGUCGGUUAAAAGCUUAUCGAAAUGAAAUAUGUCAUCUACCUACUACAACUGGAAUAACAUCCAAUGACUUUGUAACUAAGUGGAACGACAUCGAGCGGAUACUUCUACGACAAAGUUCACCAGCUCUGAAUAUCCAGCAAACAAUUGCCGACUUCAAAGACUGUCCUCUAGAUCCCGAAGAAGAUAAAAGAUUACAAGAAGAAGUAAAAAAGUGGAAGGACUAUGAAGCCAAUGUUGAUCGACUGAAUGAGGAAAUGAAAAAAGUACAAACAGAUGUUAUUGAAGGGAAGAACGAAAUUACAGAAGUAAAAGCUAAGGUUACUGAAGUGGAGGAAAAACUCGAGGAGAUAAAAAGACAAGAGAACAGUAAUGAAGUUGUUCCUUCUGUACAGUCAGAGGAGGAAAAAUAUCAGAAACACAAGAAGGAGCUAAAAGAUGGUCUGUUUGAAUUCUACAAAACAAGACACAGUAAAAUUUUCCUGUCGCCUCGUUUUGAAGAGAAAGACAUUCCGUUGGCUUCUUUCUAUGUCAGACCGGAAUUGAGCUCAAAAGAAUCAUUAUCGGAAAUGUUUAAAACUAGAAAUAAGCCAAACCGAGAAAUUUAUGUACUCGCUGAUGCUGGAAUCGGAAAAACUGCAUUUUCAAAGUAUUUGGCAAACGUGUGGUGUCAAGCUCAUUGCCUAGACGAAGAUAUGUAUAAAUUAUUGUUAAAAGAUGAUAUAGACUGUAUGCAUGAAUUUGACUUUUUAUUUUUGGUCUUAUUGCGAGAUACAGACGAUUUAUGCUCUAUAGAUGAGCUUAUAUUUGAAAAGAUUGUUUCAAAUUUGGGUCUUGAAGAAAAGAUCCCCGAAGAUGUUUUGCUUAAAAUUUUGAAAAAUGAGAAAUGCCUAGUUAUACUUGAUGGACUAGAUGAAUGGACUCACCCCGACAAGAAAUGUUACAGAUCGCCACGAUCGAUCCCCCACAGGAAUGACCGAGAAAAGUGUACAGUCUUGACUACCACGCGACCAUGGAAAUUAGGUGUUUUGGAUCUAAAUUCGUGUCAAUUAGGAAAAAAGGUAGAACUUACAAAACUGUGUUAUAUCACGGCAGUUACACUUGCAGAAAGGAUAUUACAAAAAUGGAAGUAUCACCCGAAUAAGGAUUCAUUAAAUAGCGACGUCAGACGGUUCUUUGAAACACUCAAAAAAGGACAAAACACUGAGCUUGUUUUUGUACCCCUACUUUUGAUAUAUACAACUUGUUUAUGGUGUAAUGGUGUUCAAAUAGGAGAUUCAAUAUGUGAUCUGUAUAUGAAUAUAGUAGAGUUUCUCUUAAAAAGAACGAUUGAGAUCCAAGGGGAGCUUCAACAAUUGCGUGAACCUUCUUCCAGUUACAUCCCAGAAUGCUUUGCAGAAUAUGCUAACUGUACGAAAUACUACCCUUUCCUGAUGCAUUUAGGGAAAUUAGCUUAUUAUACGUUAUUUAGUGAAACAAAAGAAAACACACCCGUAUUUGAUGGAUCAGUUGCUAGAAAACACCUCACACAAGACGAGACGAAUUUCACACUUCACUCAGGAAUGUUGUCAGAAAGUACAUCUAAUACACCAAAAAAAAAGUUAAGUAAAGUAUCGUUUUCCAACAAAAUCGUUCAGGAAUUCUUCGCAGCCAUAUUUCUAAGUUUUCACAGUGACGCUCAGGAAAUUGUUCUAGAAAAAUGUAGAAAUAUUCAAGACAUUCUGGACUUGUCAAAAAUUUAUACAUUUAUAAUUGAAAUGAAUUCUGACCGGAUGUUUGCAAUAUCAAAUGAUUUGAUGUCUGUGAUAAAUAAAGACGAGAAAACACGCGACUAUAGAACUAGGACAGGUGGCUGGGGCCAGUACGAUAAUCCAUUGAGAAAAAUACAGAGAAUGUUCAUGUCGUGUUUACAAAAAAUGCCUGAAAGUGAAAAUAUUCAAAUAUGUGUACAAGAUUUCUUCAUUGACUUGUUCACCAUGCGCAGUGAGCAGUUACAACGUUUGUUUAAACAAAAUAAAAGCAACCUAAAAUCUCUUUAUAUAAACACCAACGCCAGCAGUUUACGUGAAAUUAUAGAUUUAUUCUCUAUCACAGAUCUCAGUCAUAUUCAAAAACUUCACUAUGAGGGUGGCAUCAGGGAGAAGGAGGCUGAUAUAAAUCGGAUAUUGUUUCCAAAUUUACAGAACGUAACUUUGUGGAAUGGUAAAUGGACAAAUGAUGACGAAAAUCUGAGUGAAAAUUUGGCGCGAUUACAAAACUUACAAUAUUUAUAUAUUAGACGCUUCACGAUAUCUCACAAAAUACUGGAAACAUUUUUUAAUUUUAUAUCCGGUCAAAAAUCAAUGAAAGAGUUAACAUUGGAGUCGUUAGACUGUAAAGAACAUGACGGCCAUGAUUGUAAGAGAUUGAACUUGGACUUGUCUCAACAUUCAACUCUAUCAAAUCUGUCAAAUUUAUAUUUGUGGCAGUUACCUUUCAGGUUACAAUUAAAUAUAUCAACACCGUCAUUAGUUAAUGUUGAGUUGUGGAGAAUCAAUCUAGAUGAAAGUUCAUUGUUAUUGUCACGUGACAUGUUGAAUAUUGAAUUUGUCGAGUUGUGGGGGAUAGAAAUGUCUGCAGGAAGUUUACAGACCUUUAUUACUGUGCUGAAAAAUCUGCCGCAGUCAGUAACAGUGAAGAUGUACGACAUAAAACCGGAAACAGAAUAUGAAAGUGUUAGAGAAAAUAUUCGGAGUUCACAAACUUUUCAUGUGAAACAAGAUGACGGAUACUGUUGGGGGAUGAUUGAGUUCGUUCGAAACAAGAAAAACAAGUAAAGAAUAAACAUAGAAAAACAUUGUAAAAUGAACUGAAGAAAUUACUUCAAUACUUUUAAAUGAAAACAAUUUAAUAAUGGACCCUUAAAAACAAAAUUGCGAUUUCUUCAACGUAUAGUUCGGUAAUUUGUUUUACAAACAUUUAUUUCCGUUUAAAGUUUAAUUAAAUGACAGCCGUUUAUAAAUAAAUAAAAACAUAUUAAGAGGAGAAAUAAUUUAAGGAAGUUGUUUAUCGGAACUUAAUGGCUUUGGAUUAAUUUCACAAGUAAGGGAUUUUUAGUGAGUUAUUUUAUACUUUAUAUCAAGAGUAUUGAAAAAGAUUAUUAAUAGUGAAUUAUUUUUAUGACA